AAAUUUUAUGCUAAUCUACAGCUUUUGGUGAUGAGAGACACUUGAUACGGUUACUUACGAAUAAAUUAGAAACUUUAAAAUUCUUCGCAGCUGUUAAAAUCAUUCUUGCUCUCCGUGGUUUUUGGGUGAGUUCGUCUGGGAUCCAGACCAAUCAGGAACAAAUUGAUUCCACUGUCUUUGUUUUCCCCUGCUGCGUGAGGUCGAAACCAUGGCGUCUGUAGUCAUUCUGUGUUUCGCAGCAGCAACAUGCUACAUUUUAAGAUGGUUGUUUCUGUACUUUCGUGGAGGACAGGGAAAAAUAGAAGGCAUAAGAAACAGAUAUGUUCUCAUAACCGGAAGCGGAUCGGGCUUUGGUAAGCAGAUUGCCGUGGAAUUGGAUCAGCUGGGUGCUCGAGUGAUCGCGACUUGCAGAACAAAGGCUGGCGAGGAGUCUGUUAGAGCUGUUUGUAGUAACAGAGUCAAGACCUACUGUAUGGACGUUACAGACGCUGAUCAGGUUAGAGAGGUUUUUGAAAGUGUCAAGAAAGAGAUUCCAGCGGACGAAGGACUGUGGGGACUGGUAAACAAUGCCGGAAAACUAUCGGUGGGCAUGAUUGAGUUGCAACCGCUGGACAGUUUUAAAAGCAUCGCAGAUGUUAAUCUUUGGGGAGCGAUAUUUGUCACGCAAACCUUUCUCCCAUUGGUGAAAAAAGCGCGUGGACGCAUUGUCAAUAUCGGAAGCAUCUUGGGUCGAAUAGUUCUUCCCUAUUUGUCUGCCUACACCAUCUCCAAAUAUGGUUGUUCAGCCUUUUCUGAUGCCCUGAGGCGAGAAAUGUCCCCCUGGGGGGUACAUGUGAGUAUUAUUGAGGCUGGAGCUCACAAAACUAAACUGGUGAGUGGCGAUAUUUUAGCGGAACAGUGGCAGUCCUUGUGGAGUGGACUCAGCGAAGAAAUGAAGCAGGAAUACGGAGGCAACGAAGGACUUCAAAGAGGUGUGGAAAGCAUGAAGCGGUUCGACAUUGUAACCUCCCCGCGCAUGGACAGAGUGGUCAGUAGUGUCCUUCACGCUCUUACGUCACGUGAUCCGCAGACACACUACGUCAUUGGACACGAUGCUAAAGCUUUGGCAUGGUUGUCAAUGAUGCCCGCCUGUAUCACUGACUUUCUCUUUAGACUUUUGUCAGUUAUAUGGCCAGGCCCUGGGCCAAAGCAACCUCGUUCCUAAGGCUAUUCCGUUCUGCCCCUACCAAAUUAAAUUUCAAGGUUAAAAGCUCUGGCGACGAAGUUGGUGCCGAGGAGAAACGAGUUCGAGUUAACUCGAUGAUCAUGUAGUUAGGUGUUUUAAAAUUGAAUAUUCAAAGAAUUUAAAGAAUUAAAAAAAUGAUAAUCUUGCCGGACAUGUUUUCUUUUAUCUAAUACCAUUGGAACCUUCUCUAGUAACCAAUAAGAAUCAAAGUCAUAGCGAGGAUUCUGAGCGGAGAAACGCCAGAAUCAUUUAUGCAGCCCAUUAGUCUUACAACCUAUAUAUCCAGGCGUGCCACGCAGUUAAAGAAAAAAUCGCAAGACAAUUUAAAAAACAAUUAAAAGUAAUUGAGUUAAUUACUAAAAGGAUAUUGUUCAGUAAACAAAUUUCUUGUUUAUCUUUUGUCGUUUUUAUAAGGACUGCAGACGAGGAGGGAAAACUCUGUUAUAUUAAUUACAAGUAAUUAAAUUUCUUUUUCCUGUACAUAGGCAGAUACGCUUUUCUAACCUAAUCAUAAAAAUUACAAUUUCCGCGAUCGUGAUUGGCUUAAAAAACUCC